AUGUCGGAACCACCAACAGAUCAUUCGCCUCAGCGCAUGUCUACGCGAAAUCAGGCUCGUGUGAACUACACGGAAAUGGCAUCUGGAAAUGCUCCAGCUGAGAAAGAACCCGUGUUCCGUUCACCGACUGCCAGUACUCGCGGUCGGAAGAAGCGCCCUGCCAAUGUUGAUGUAUCAGAUCUAUCCGCCAGUUUCGGAAAUCUCAACAGCUUUAACACUCCCCCGAAGCGCGGACGUCCCCGUGGAGCAGCUUUUGGAAGUGCCCGUGGUGGUAGAGCACCAAUGGUUCGACGAACAACUACAGAAGAGCCGGUAGAAGUUGAAGAACGGGAACUGGUUGCCGCUGUAAAGACUGGAAGGAAGAUUCCAGAAGCUGUUGAUAGAUGGAUAGGUCGAUAUAAUGAAAAAUUCCUUGUCGCUAUCGCCGAGAUGCAUCAGUUUUUCUUUGCGAUCUGUGGAUGCAAAGGCACUGUCACACCACAAAUGUCCGCCACACUAUCAUACAAAGACAUAAUUUGCCGUAUGACAGAAGAUUUCGAAGAAGAUUCUGCAGACUACCCACUCGUUCACGGAGGAAGUUCGAAAAAAUUCCGUGCUAACUUGCACACAUUCAUUCAUUCACUCAUCAGCAGAAUAAAAGCUUCCAUGCUAUUCGAUAGUAAUUUGAUGGAUGGAUUUGUUCAACUUCUCACCGGAAUGGCCGACAGUCAAGUCCGUUCGUUUCGACACACGGCAACUUAUUGCGCUAUGAAAAUAACAUCAGCCCUCGUAGAUGUAACUAUUGAAUUGACAAAUACCAAAGACAAGACUUCAAAGCAAAUCGAAGCAGAAAAAGCAAAGUUGAAGAAUAAUUCAGCUGGAAACGAGAAAUAUGAGGCCCUAGUGGCACAAAGAACGCAAACAGAAGAACGAGCUGAAGAAAUCCGUCAAAUCAUCGGAUAUUUGUUCCGAAGUGUUUUCGUCCAUCGUUAUCGUGAUUGUGUCCCGGAUAUUCGAUGUAUCUGUAUUCAAGAACUCGGCUAUUGGAUGGAUGUUUAUCCAGAGCACUUCGUCGAUGACUCAUACCUCAAAUACAUCGGAUGGUCGUUAUUCGACAAAGUUGGAGAUGUAAGACAUCGCUGUAUCAGUGCAUUGAUCCCACUAUUCGAGAAAUCGUCGAUUCUAGAUAAACUCGAAUUGUUUGUCAAUAAAUUCAAGGAACGUCUUGGUUCAAUGUUACUCGACAAAGACAUGGAAACUAGUAUAGAGACUGUUAAUCUUAUGCGGGUUCUUUACACUGUCUUCCCUACACUUCUUACCAUCAAGGACACUGUGCCACUGUACGAGUUGAUUUACGCAACAAACCGUCCAUUGGCUAUUGCUGCUGGAAUGUUCCUGAACACGAAAGUCUUUCUCGCUGCUGAAAAGCCGGGAAAAACUCCAAUUUCCAAGAAUAGUGCACUACUCAAGGAUCUUGCCACAUUUUUUAUUGAAGGCGAUCUUCAUCAACAUGGAACAUAUUUAGUGGACGCAUUGAUCGACACGAACCCUUUAAUCAAGGAUUGGGCAACCAUGGCAGACAUGUUGCUCCAUGAUCAACCUCCCCUAAAGCCGGAGUAUGAAGCUAAAAUCAUUGAAAUUCUCUCGUGCUCUGUUACGCAGUCUUCAACAGGAGAACCCCCCGUUGGCCGACAGAGUGUUAAAAAAGGAGCUCCAUCUGCCAAGGAGGCUCGUGAUCUAAAGGAAGAUAGAGCUCGUCUAACAGAAAUUCUCAUUCCGCUAGUUCCACGGUUACUCACGAGGUUUAGUACGGACAGCGAGAAAAUCGUCAAUUUGGUCAACAUUCCAUUGCAUUUCCAAUUGGAUAUGUAUCUAUCACCUCGAAUGCAAACGCAUCUCACAGAGCUUAUGGAUGCCCUGGAUGCUUUGAUCGAGAAGCAUAUUGAUGAAGAUGUGUUGAGGGCAGUCGCUGAAUUAUACUAUCAUUUGACGAAUUAUUCACCGCUUACUGCUAUCGUGGAUACUCAUAAAUCGAAGCUUCUUGACGGAAUCGCGGCUUUCAUCCGUAAAUCAAUGCAACAAUUUGAGGAUGAUCAAAUGGGUGAAGAAGAAGAAGCACUUUUCGUCUCUUACAUAAAAAGAAUGGCUGCUUUUGCUGGAUUCAUGGAUCUUCGUCAAUGGGAUCUUUGGGAUAUUCUCGUGAAAAUCGUGUCCAACUACUCUCGUGAGGAUUCUUCACGAGACGUACGGGAGAGAUCGACGCAGAUGAUGUUCGUACAACUUGUGUUCGAUUUGUCAACUCUCAAAAGGGAAGGAGAAAUACCGAAAGCUGAUCAUGUUCGUAAAUUGAAGAAAAGAAGAGAUCAACUGGUUCGAAUUCUUUCCCAAACUUUGAUUGAAGAGGCUGUUGGCGUUGAACAAGCCUACCUCUGUAUCUGCGAUUUGAUGAUUCUCUUCGGAAGCCAAUUAGCCGAGGAUUCUAAAGCGUUUGAGCCACUAAUCUGGAGGCCAGAUGAUAUACUUCUCGGAAACAUCAAGAUUUUCUUGAAUGUUAAUGUUUUCGAACAACCCGAGCAGCAGGAUGAUGAGGCAAAUCAAGAGAAACAAAUCGAGAUGAUGCACAAAAUGCGACAAUUUGUCGCUCAAUAUGCUAAAUUGAUUAUUCAUGGAGCAAUGCCGAUCAUCGAUGCUGCAGAACUCAUCAAGAGAUAUCAAUCUCACUUCCAACAUUUUGGAGACAUUUUCAAGAGUCUAUUGACCAAGUGCCGAGAUAUUGAUUUUGUUGAUAUGGGUGUUAUGAUUGUUGAAGCUCUCAAAGGUCUUUUUAUGGAAAUGGACAGAUCACAGCGAGAAGAGCCUUUGUGUGAUAGAUUCAAUGCGAUGCGCGAUCUCGCAAAACGAUUGGGACCUCUUUUCGGAUCUGAUUAUGCCAAAAACCGGUUCGCUGUGACUUCUUUGCACAAAAAAGCUAUUGAUUUCGCAUUUGAAAGUUUCGAUAAAAAAGAUUCAAUGCCGUCAAACAUAUAUUUUCUGGAAAUCGCUAUUGAGUUCAGCGGAAAACUUUUGGCUCAAGAUAAGGGGGCAGUAAGUCGAUACCUCAAUAAAGUUUACACGAAUCGCGUUGGCACAAUCGAAAACGUUUGGGAGCCAUACCGUUUAUAUAAUCUAUCACUUACCUCUGGAGCUGAUGACGACAAUAUGUCAGUACGAAGUGGUGUUACUGUCGCUUCAGUUUCUACCGUGCGCAGUGCAGCUUCAUCGACGCGAGGAAGAGGGCGCGGUCGUCGUGCCAGAAUAGUAGAUGAUUUCUAA